UAGUGUCCUGAACUGAUUCAAUUUCUGCUGAGGAAGGAGCGCGCGUGCACCCUUCCAGGCUCUGUGGACCCCGUGGACGGCAGCUGGCCGUGGGACAGGGCUCUGCUGGCCUCCUGUGCUUUGAUGGCCCUUGGUGAGUGAGGGAUUUCUGAGAUGGCUUCAGACAUGGCUGACCCAAGCAGUCUGCCCUACAGUGCCAACUCCUGCCUUCCUCACCUCCCACCCCGGGAGGCCAGUGUGGCACUCUCUCUGUUCUACACAGUCCUCUUGGUCUUCAGCGCCCUGGGAAACAUCCUUGCCCUUUGCCUUGCCUGUCAAAAGGACAAGAAGAUCAACUCAACAGGUGUCUACUUGGUCCACCUGGCUGUGUCUGACCUCCUGUUCUCCUUGGCCCUACCAGGGAAGAUCACCUAUUACGUGCUGGACUUCAGCUGGCCUUUUGGAGACGGGCUUUGCAGGCUGACGGCGUUCAUAAUGUACUUGAACACCUAUGGUGGGGUCUACCUCAUGACCUGCGUGAGUGUAGACCGGUACCUGGCAGUGGUCUGUACCCAUCAGAGCCAGCGGCUCCGCAGCACUGGCCGGGCCAAGCUCAUCUGUGUGGCUGUCUGGGUCUUGGCACUUCUGCAGAAUGUACCCUUGCUCCUGACCCCUAUGGCCAAGCCCAUGGCGGGCAAGCUGACCUGCAUGGAGUAUGUCAGCGUGGAGCCCAUCCUCGGGCUGCCCGUCAUGGUCCUAGCGGCCUGUGUUAUAAGCUUCUGCAUGCCGGUGGUGAUCAUACUGUUCUGUUAUGUGAAGAUCGCCUUGAAGCUAUGCAGCACAGCCCGGGAGAACCCCGUGGCCAGUGGGAAGGGGCAUCCCCGAAGGGCCUGCCUGCUCACGCUGGUGGUGCUAGUGGCCGUGGUCCUGUGCUUCAGCCCCUACCAUCUCAACGUCAUGCAGUUCAUGGUGAGAGAGAUGCUGGGACCACCAUCCUGUGCUGAGCAGAGGGCUUUCACGCUGGCUCUUCAGGUCACCGUGUCCUUCAUGAAUGUGAACUGUGGCAUUGACCCCAUCAUUUAUUUCUUUGCCUCUACACGUUACAGGAAAUGGCUUCUUGGCAUUUUGAAACUCGGAGCAUCUUCUUCCUCCUCCUUCUCCUCCUCCUCCCCAGGAAGAGCAUCCUCAGAAACACAGACUGGAGGCUCUGUCACCAUAUUAGAGAACCAGGUCUAACCUGAAACUGGCUGGACGACCAUGUAUAGAGCAGGUGCCAGCACUUACAGGCCUGAAGCUUA